AUUAGCUGGCGAAGAUUGGUAGUGGUUUCCCGCGCAAGUAAUAUCGUGCAUGCUCGCGGAGAUGUGUUGUGACACCUGAUAUAUCAAGGAGGCACAAACGUUAUUAUAGCAGUCGCUGAUUUACAACGAGAAUUUUACAAAAUCUUAAGCAAGUAUUUGAGAACAAGCGUUAUGACUUCCUUUAAUUUCAAUGAACUUAGCAAACAACUGAAAGACACUCAGCAGAGCUCUCAUGUCGGGGUUUCUUUCGCCGGUCGAUCUCUCAAAUUAGAUACCGAGAAUGAUGCUCUGCAAGUGGUGGAAGCAAUAAACACGUGUCCUUGUUUGGAGUAUCUGGAUUUAGAGGGAAAUACAUUAGGUACACAAGCUGCAGAGGCUAUAGCUGAAUCAUUGAAAGAAAAGGCAGCUCCCUUGAAGAGAGCUUUAUGGAAGGACAUGUUCACUGGUCGUUUGAAGACAGAAAUUCCAAAAGCAUUGGAAUAUCUAGGCACAGCGUUACGAGUGGCUGGUACUCGUCUUACUGAACUUGACUUGAGUGAUAAUGCAUUUGGACCAAUUGGUAUUCAGGGAUUGGCUGAUCUGUUGAUAUCACAUCCGUGUUAUACCCUUCAGGAAUUAAGAUUGAACAAUAAUGGUCUUGGCAUUUCCGGUGGUAAGAUGUUAGCUCAAGCAUUGUUAAAGUGCCAUGAAAAUAGUUCCAAAGAAGGCAAUCCACUUGCACUGAAAGUUUUUAUCGUUGGCAGAAAUAGAUUAGAAAAUGAGGGUGCACAGGCAUUAGCAUCUGUAUUUAAUGAGUUAAAAACACUAGAGGAGGUUGUAAUGCAACAAAAUGGCAUAUAUCACAAAGGCAUUGAAGCAAUUGCAUAUGGUUUGUCUGCUAAUUCUAAUUUGCGAAUUUUAAAUUUGAACGAUAAUACAAUCGGCUUGAAAGGAGCCAGAGCGCUCGCCAAAGUUCUACCGACCUUCCGAAACCUGGAGGAAUUGAAUCUUGGAGAUUGUUUACUGAAGACAAAGGGAACUUUAGUCUUGGCAGAGGCAUUAGCAGUUAUUGGCAAUCAUACAUCUCUUAGGAAUCUGGAUUUAAGUCACAAUGAAAUACGCAUUGAUGGUGGAAAGGCUAUCGCCCAGGCUAUGGUUGAUAAAACGCUUCUCUCUAAUCUACAGUUAGAUGGUAAUAUGUUUGGGACAAAGGGACGUGACAUACUUGAACAAAUUCUCACCAAUUUUGGAAGAAUCGAUGCAUUGAAUUCAUUUGAUGAGGAUGAAGAUGAUGACGACGAUGAUGAUGAUGAUGCUGCUGCUGCUGCUGCUGAUAACGAUGAAGAAGAUGGCGAGGAGAGUGAAGAGUGUGAAAGUGAUAAUAAUGAAGAUACGGAAAGUGACAAAGAUAAUAAAACACCAGAUAACGUUGCGCAAAGUAUAGUGACGGUUGCAGAAUUCUUGAAAUCACCGAUAGGUGAGAAAUUAUUAUUGCUACAAGGUGAUAAUGUACAGGCUUUUGUUGAUCAUGCGGAGAAUUUAGCUAUUCAAAGUGAUACGACCACAGAACAGAAGUUUAUAGAAGAACUUACACGGAUAACCAUGAAAGUAUCAGCACUAUGUGAUAGUGGCUACAUGAAUGUGAGAAUAAAAGCAGAAUCUUUGUCGGAUGUGUUAUACGCACAGCUAUUCUCCUAUGCUAUAGAGAAAGAUCAAAUUUCGAAUCUGACUAAUGCGCUAUUGAUUAAUCUGGGUUUAAUUAAAAGUGAGGACAAGAACAAUGGGAAAAUUGAUUGGAACCUGGAGGGAUGUUUCAAAGCCUUGGAAACAAUUUGCCAGAGGGAUUAUUUCUUGGAGCAAACAAAAAGUACAUUAAAAUUAUUUCUAAAUAAACCAGUGAAGACUAGUCGUGCAAGGAUGGUAGAUCCCUUCCAGGAUUCCAAAGCUGCUCUUAAAAUUGUUCUAGAUCGUAUUCAAGUUACGUAAAUUUAUUCUAAAUUAUAUUUUAACAUGAAAUGUACCUAUUUAUUUUUAUAUGUUGCAUGGGAAAUAGAGAUGAAACAUUUCAUAUAAAAUUACAACCAACUAAACCAAUACUAUUACUCUGUGUGUGUGCGCGUGUGCGUGCGUGCGUGUCUACACAUCUUGCUAAACUUAAAAUCUUUCGUGGAAUUUUUCUUUAGAAAUAUUUUUAGAAUAUUUAAUAAAAUUUUGUACUUUUAAUAUAUACAUUAAAUUUUCUUCCAAGCGAAAUAGUUCUAAGUAGACAAAUGAAAUGAAAUUACUUUUAUUAUCUAAAAAUAUCAAAAAAUUAAAAAAAUAUAUAUAUUUUUUUUUCUAAAUAUAUACUACAUCACAUGAGAAUUUCUAAAACUUUUUAUAAAAGACGAUUUACACGUAUGUUAUUUAAAUAAGACUUAUCCUUCUUUUCAUUGCAAUAUUAUCUUGAUUUCCAAUAAAGUUUUACUUCUUUCGUAAAAAAUUAUAGAUUAUUAAGUUAUAUGAUGAACAAAUGAAAAAUACAUUUAUAUCUUACAUUUAU